AAAUAAAUAAAAAAAGUUGAAGACGCAGUCAUGGCCGGGAUAAGGUUGGGACGCAGAAUACCGCUGUGCACCUUGCUCCUCUGGAUAAUUCAAGUUUGCUGUGGUGCUGUAACUGUGAAGGUGACUCCGAAGGUGGAGGCGGACGGAGGAACAACAGCCAAACUGCCCUGUACAUUUUCUGGCACAGCCUUGUCAAAUUUUGUUGUUGAUUGGCACAUUGACACUGGUAAUCAAAGAACAAGAGUGGCCUAUCGUACAAUCUCUGGCGAGCGAAUGAGCGACCCCGGCACUCCUCUGGUUGGUCGAGUCACUCUGGAAGAAGACCUCACCUUGACCAUCAAGUCUGUGAAACCCUCGGAUCCAAACAAAUACUACUGCCAGGUCACUGCUGGCAAGGACGGGUCUGGAGAAGGCGAAACCAUUCUUGAAGUGUUUGUUGCUCCCCAGACACCAGUAAUCCAAAAACCGUCUCAGGCCAUCUCAGUGGAUCAAGAGGUCAGCUCAGAGGUCGGCGCUUGCGAAGCAAAGAAUGGAUUCCCCUCUCCAAGGAUCAUUUGGUUCAAAGACAACCAGCCUCUUCCUGAGAUCAAAGACAGAAAGGAAAAGACCUACAUGCUUCUUACUUCGGUGAAGGAGACUACGGGUCUUUACUCCAUAAAGAACACACUGCACAUGCGGCCGACGAAGGCCGACAAGGACUCUAUAUUUCAUUGUACUGUGGAGUACAGCCUGGCAGGAGAGAAGAACAAGAACAUCCAGAAGAAGUCUGAACCCAUGAAAAUUGACCUUAACUAUCCUUUUGAAAAAGUUAUGUUUAAUCUGUUCAACCCAACUGUGGUCAAAGAGGGUGAUAAUGUCACCCUAAAAUGUGAAACGGAUGGAAACCCACAGCCAGAGUUUGAGUUUUCAAAAGAUGAAAAGAAUCUUGAUGGCGCCGACGGUUCUCUGAUACUGAAGAAUGUCAAGCGUACGGAUUCCGGUACAUACAAGUGCUCUACGUACGACUACGACGCAGAAGUGUUUGAGAAGUCAAACACCACGGUCCUUACUGUCAACUACAUUGACGAGAUGAGCGUCUUUCCCCCUGGAAAUCAGACUAUCGAUUUGGGAAAGCAGGUUCAGUGGCAGUGUAAGACCAAGGCCUCUAAAAAUCACACUGUGCUGUGGAAAAAGGGUGACGUAGUGCUUUCUCAGGAUGGCACUCUAUCAAUUGCAAGUGCUGCCUAUAAAGAUGCUGGAGAGUACGUGUGUUUUGGCGGUGUUCCCGAAGUCCCGGGACUGACAGCUCAGGCCAGUGUAAACCUGACGGUGAAAGGAAAACCAGAGAUUGACACCCCUCAUGCUGGGGAGGUGGCAAAAGAAGGAGAUGAAGUGACCCUGAAGUGUUCGGCCAACGGUUUUCCCAAACCUCAGUUUACAUGGUCAACCUCAGGAAAGGAGUCUCUCCCAGUGGAAGAGAACAAGGUGGUGGGCUCUCUGACCAUAAAAGCCACUCCUGAGAUCAUAAAGAGCGGUGUGAAGUGCGAGGUUUCCAACGAGUUCGGAAAAGAUAGCAAGGACUUCCCUGUAGCUGUCAAACGAGCAAACUCAGCUGAAGUGCUGCUCUCUGGAAACCCUGUGCUUACGUCAGCUGAGAAGCAGCAGGAAGGCUCCAGCGCUGUGGUGAUUGCCGUGGUGGUCUGCGUUCUUCUUCUUCUGCUGCUGGUAGCUUUCUUCUACUGCCUGAGCAAGAAGACCACGAUUUGCGGCAAGAAGGAUAAGAAGGAAGCAGCUGCUACACCAGUGAACAACAUUGUGGUGGAGAUGAAGACGGAAAAGGCCAACGAAGAGGCCGGACUCCUCCACAAAAAGAUCAACACAGAACAGUAAUCAACCCAGAUGAUGAAAUAACUCUGAGGACGAAGGACAGAAGAUGACAGUUUUGAGGACAGCAGGACUUUUUUGGUUUCUGAUUCGUGAUUGUGAGGGGGGUAACCUGGGUGGUGCUGGGGAUGGGUGCAUGCUCAUAGCUUCAAGGAUCACCAUGAUUAACUUUGGCUAUGCUUGUUUUCCAACCUGAGCAGCUGAGUGGAGAUUUUUACCUUUCUUGCUCAAUAAAAUUGUUUAAAACUCCAUCUAACUCACAGCAUCAAAACAAUUCAC